AUGGGUGUUGACUACUAUAACAUACUGAAACUGAACCGGAACGCAACAGAAGAAGAUAUGAAAAAGGCAUACAAGAGACUGGCAAUGAAAUGGCAUCCAGACAAGAACCCUGUGAACAAGAAAGACGCAGAAGCCAAAUUCAAGCUUAUCUCCGAAGCCUAUGAUGUCCUAUCAGACCCUAACAAGCGUCAGAUCUAUGAUCUCUACGGUGAAGAAGGCCUCAAGUCUUUUGAUCAAGGUCCCCCUCCUAAUACCAAUGUCGGUGCUUCUUUCAGGUUCAAUCCGCGUGAUGCGGAGGAUAUUUUCGCUGAAUUUUUCGGAGGUGGCGGAUCCGGUGGUGUUGGCAAGGGGCAUUUUAGGAAUAAUAAUAAUGGUAAUAAUUACGGGGCUGAGGUUAACAGGAAAGCGGCGCCCGUUGAAAGCAAGUUGUUUUGCACUUUGGAGGACCUUUAUAAAGGUACCCGAAGAAAGAUGAGGAUUUCCCGUUCUGUUCCUGAUGAUUUCGGCAAGCCAAAAACUGUCGAGGAAAUCUUAAAAAUAGACAUCAAACCUGGCUGGAAGAAGGGCACAAAAAUCACUUUUCCUGAGAAAGGCAAUCAGGAACCUGGUAUCACUCCAGCUGAUCUUAUUUUCGUGGUGGAUGAGAAGCCCCAUCCUGUUUUCAAGAGGGAUGGGAAUGAUCUGGUGGUCAAUCAGAAAAUCUCACUAUUGGAGGCUCUCACAGGGAAAACCAUCGAAUUGACAACCUUGGAUGGAAGAUAUCUCACAAUCCCAGUAACAGAUAUAGUCAAACCAGGUCAGGAGGUCCUGAUCUCAAAUGAAGGAAUGCCCAUCUCAAAAGAGCCCAACAAGAGGGGAAAGCUUAGAGUCAAGUUUGAUGUCACGUUUCCAUCAAGACUUACUGCAGAACAGAAAUCAGACCUCAAGAAGGCGCUAGGUGGAUCUGAUAAUUAA